AUGCUGCCCCCCGGCCGCUCUGCGGCUGGUCAGGGUGAAUCCGUUGAUGUUCUGGGACCUUUGUUUCAGAACCGUGCGGGAGGUUUUCAGACAGAUUCCCAGGGCGUGAUUGCGGACGACGUCCCGGCGCGGCGGCGAAGGGGAAAUCCCGAGCGGAGGGAACGGGCCGGGACAAGGAAGGUGCAAUGUCACGUCCUUGCCCUCCCCGUGGCCAGGCGCUGGUGUUCCGGGAGCCGGGAGCGGAGCGGGAAGGAACGGCGGGCGGGUCGGGACCUGCGUUCCGGAUUACCAGAGGGUCCGUGUCCGGCACCCGAGGGUCCAGGCUUCUGGUUCCAGUUCACCCGGCGCUGGGGGGACCGUUCCGGGAACGUCGUGUCAGGGAGAGGAGGGAGCGGAUCGCGCCGCCAGGCCCAUGGGGAGUCCGACCGAUCAGGGAUCCGGCGAGUCAGAACCGCGCGUCGACCCAUGGAAGUGACACCGGCCGCCGCGUUCGUCAUCCGCCUGAUCCUGCUGUGUGUGGGUAUGGAGAAGAGAGGGGUCCGACCCAGCGCCCCGCUCGGGCCGAGUACAGUCUCGGAGGGUCCGACCAGCUGCACAGCAUCACCUGGCGGGUGGACAAGGACUUCCCCACCCGCAUCCUGCAGUACAUCGUGGGCAAGAACACCACCCUGCCCUCCUCGCCCUACCCGACACCGCGUCCGCUUCCACAGUGCCACCGGCUCCCUGCGGCUCUCCGACUUCACCCAGAGCGACCGCGGCCUCUACCAGAUCACCGUCACUGCCGUGGAUGGAGCUGAGGCCAAGGCCCAGGCCCAAGUGGCCGUGUAUGAGCCGGUUGCAGGGAUCGAUGUUUCCGUGUCCCCCAACAGGACGUCCCCUGGACAGAACCUGACUCUCAGCUGCUCUGUGUCAGGAGGGAGCGACUUGCGUUUCUUCUGGACCAAGGAGUCCCGGAAUGUUACAGAGAGGGCGUGGCCAGUGCCUCGGGAUUUGGGGCAGGACCUGGUGCUGUCUGUGCUGAGCUGGGCCGACUGUGGCACCUACACCUGCACAGCCUGGAACCUGUUAAACAGGCAAACCCGCAGCAUCAACCUGACAGCCUCCUCAGACUUGCCGCAGUGUCAGAUCCCGGACAGCCCAGGAGUGCGGAUCCGGCUCCUGGUCCUUGCUCCCGUCCUCCUCUGCUUUCUGCUCCUGGUGGGAUCGCUGGCGUUUUCCCUGAGAGUUGGGUUGAAAUCUCUUCAGAAGGCAAGGACCAAGAAGUAGAGGGAUUGGACACCUGCGGUGGUUCCCCGUCGUCCUGCCCACGCCGUCACGACUGCCACCCGGUCCUGUGCUGGUCUCCACAGCCAGGACCAGCAGUGUGCCGCGGGAGACCGAGCGAUCCCGGGAAGAGUGAAGCAGUCCCUCCCUCACCGUUUUGGUCAGCGCCUUGCCGACGCAGCUCAACUUAUUUAUUCCAAAGCUCAAAUGCAUCAACAACUUCAGGAGAGCGGUGGAGGGGGGGUGUGUGCAGAGGUGGGACUGAGACAUCGUCUGUGCACAACCGGAGGUCCUGACCUUGUUCUCUGCACCCCUGCCCAAGGAGAGGAGUUACCUGAAGGCAAGGACCACAGGAUGAACAUCUCCAACAGGAGAAACUACUUGGAUGGUGUUCCCAUUGCCCAGACCCCCACCGUCAACAUCCCGGGGGUCAACACUGACCAGAGACCCAACCGGACUGGCCACAGAAACACCGCGAGCUAUAGGAGUAGGUCAGAGGGCGGGGAUCCUGCGGAGAGUGACUCACCUCCUGACACCCCAAGGUCUUUCCCCCAUCUACAAGGCACCAGUCAGGAACAUGAGGGAUGCUCCCCACCUCCCUGGGUGGAGUUAGUCCAUGCACUCAACAUCCGCCUUGUUUCCCCCAUCUACAAGACACCAGUCAGGAGCGUGAUGGGACAUUCCCCACAUCUCUGGCUCCAACAACUCUGUCUCUGUGCCAGACAUUACCACACACAGUCAGGCCUGAAGGGAGGGGUGGAGCCACCCCAUCUGUUCUCAGAGCUGUCACUGGGGGAGGAGAGGAGGUGCCUCGCCUGGCUCCGUCUUGUCUGCUGAGAUUACCCCGGGGCCAUGUAGUGGGAGCACCUAUCAGGCACAUGAGUGUCUGUGGUUGAGGUUAAUGAUAGGGAAGGGAGAGAGUCUUUCCUGGGAAUGAUUGGUUUGGGAUUAAAGCAGGGACAUAGAGACUGCAGAUGUGCUGGGAAUCUGGAGGAACUCAGCUGGUUGAGCAGCCUCUGUGGGGGAGGAAGGGGGACUGUCGACAUUUGGGGUCGGGUCCCCGUAUUAGAGCUGGGUUCAACGUCCCUCAGUGUGGUGGGGAUCUGGGACAGUGGUCCCAGGGGGAGCGUGGGAGGGGGGUGGGGAAGGGUGAUUGGUCAUGGAGCCACGCUGCACAGGGACAGGACCUUUGGCCACUGGCUUCCCUGCUAGCCCCCAGACACUCAUCCCAUUUCAUUCCCACCCACCCCAUCCCCACCCCACGUUCCCAGAGCAACACACAAGAAGCAGUUCAGGCAGUGUCUGAGGAGGGGAAAUGGACGGUCAAACUCUCAAGUUCCAACCCCAACCUUCAGCCCAGGUGAAGGGUCUCGACCUGAAAGGUCAGCCCUCUCCAGACACUGCCCGAGCCGUUGAGUUCCUCCAGCACCUGGCCCCUCUGGUGGACUCAGGGUUCCCACGUCCCGUUGCUGGGCGGGAACAGGCCCUUCAGUCCAUCGGGUCCGCACUGCCCCGCGAGUGCCAGAUCCUGCACCCAUCCCGCUCUGUAAUUCCCGUCAGCAGCCCUUCCCCGCCCCUCCUCAGUUCCCCCACCUCAUUAACCCACCCACCCCGCAUGUCUCUGAGACGUGGGAGGGAACUGGAGCCCCCCCCCGAGGUGAACCCCUGGGGUCCCAGGGAGCGGCGGCUGUCGGGAUCGAACCCGGGUCUCUGGGGCCAGGAGGCAGCCUUUCUACCUGCUGCGCCACCGGUCCUGGCUGGUUGGCUGAGCAUCAGCUGAGACCAUGCGAGGCGAUGGAGAGGGGUUGGCCGGAUCCCAGCAGCGCUGGAGGGACGAAUGGCCUCCCCUCGCCCCAGUCGCGAGCUCUGGAGGGGGAGCAAGAUCCCGCCGGCUGGCGUGUGGUCUGGGUCAGGUGGAGGGUGGGGUAAGGGCCAGUCCUGGGUGGAAGGCGGUUGACGGACUUAACCCCUUCAGGACCCCAUGGCUUGAAAAGUCCAUGUAAAUGGGCACCCCCCUCACCCCCACUUCACCCCACUGCCCCUCCCUCUCACCGUCCCUCCCCUCUCACUGCCCCUCCCUCCUCAUCACUCCUCCCCCUCACUGCCCCACCCCCCUCACUGCACCUCCCCCCUCAUCACUCCUCGCCCUCAAUGUCCCUCCCCUCUACUGCCCCUCCCCGCCUCUCCCACAGCACUGCACUCUCUCGUCACCGGCCCUCCCCCCUCACCAUCCCUCCCCCUCACUGCCCCUCCCCCCUCACCGCCCCUCCCCCUCACCAUCCCCCUCCUCACCGCCCCUCUCCCAUCACCGCCCCUCCCACAGCACGGCGCUCCCCCAUCACCACCCCUCCCCCCUCACUGCCCCUCCCACAUCACUGCCCCUUCCACAUCUUGGUGGUCCAGGACAUGCCAAGCUGGGGGCUGCUCCCCAGCCUGUGGAUUGGGCUGAGCUUCACCAGCCGGUGACUCAGGGAGAACCUGGAGACAGGACGUUGAGAAGAUACCUCGUUUUAUUAGAGACCUCAGGAGUUACCCUUGCGUUAAGUUGUACACCCUGCACUUUAAGCCAACCAUGUGUAUGUCAUUGUAAAUUAUAAGAGCAAUAUAUUUUUCAAAUUGUUUUAUUGUAUAUUUAAUCUGUUGCUGCAUCAAAUCUCCAAUAAAUGUAUGUUCAACUAAA